AUGUCUUACUGCAAAAAAGAAGGCAAAGAUAGAAUUAUAUUCAUCACCCCAGAAGAUUAUUCCAAACCUAGUACUAUAAAAAUCAAGGAAUAUGAAGGAGAACCAGGUUUGAUUGGAGAAAAUGGUGAAAUAAAUUGGAAUUGUCCAUGUUUGGGUGGUAUGGCAACAGGUCCAUGUGGAUAUGAAUUCAGGAAUGCAUUUAGCUGUGUUAAAAACAGUACAGCAGACCCAAAAGGGGCAGAUUGUUUCGAGCAUUUUCAAAAAAUGCAGGAUUGUUUUGUAAAGUAUCCAAAGUUGUAUGGUUCAGAAAAUGAAGAUUUAAGUGUUGAUGACAUUGAUGAUGAAAAAGGAAAUAGCAAAGAAAUCAGUCACACAUUCAAAAAAGAGGAAAAUAUUUUAGAACAGAAAAAAUAA